AAUUCACGAAGUUAAAAAUACCGGCGAACGUUAAAUAGCACUAAAAUAAAAGGAAGAAAAUGAAGCAGAAAAAUCGGAGAAAAACGUAAAAAUGGCAGGAAUUCUAAUGAAAAUAUUUGCCAUUGCGGUAAUUGCAAACAUUUGCCUGCAAACCAGUACUGAAGCGUUAAAUAUACUAGGCGUUUUGCCCUUUGGUGCACAUUCACACUACAUUAUAGGGGCAAAAAUAUUGCAGGCAUUGGCACGUAAAGGACAUAAGGUCACCGUCAUUACACCAUAUCCACUCAAACAGCCAAUGGAUAAUUAUGAUGAAAUACCAAUACCAAAUGCAGUAAAAGUUUUGCAAGUGAGCAAAGAUGAUUUACUAAACACAGUCAAUCGUAAUAUAGUGCAAAAUAUAAUUAACUUCCAUGGGAUGGGACUUAAAGUCACUGAAGCUGUAUUGCAAGAACCAGGUGUACAGAAGUUACUGCUUAGCAAUCAAACUUUUGAUAUUACGUUGAUUGAAGUGUUUCUUAGCGAGGCACUAUAUGGCCUGGCUGAACACUUCAAUGCGCCAAUGGUGGCUUUUAGCUCGUUCGGUGCAAUUGCUUGGAAUACGGAUAUGGUUGGGUCACCAUCACCGCCUUCAUAUGUACCCAAUGCCAUGCUGCCAUUCGGCGAUCGCAUGACACUACUCCAACGUAUAGCAAACCAAGGAUAUUUGACAUUUGAGCGCGCUCUUAUCGACUUCUAUUACCUUCCCAAACAAGCAGAACUUUACAAUAGGCAUUUUCCACAAAACAAACGCAAUAUGUACGAAGUUCGCAAAAACGCUGCAGCGGUAUUUGUCAAUCAGCAUGUCUCCCUAAGCGCACCACGUCCAUAUAUGCCGAACCAAAUUGAAGUAGGUGGAUUACAUAUUAAUCGCAAACGCACUCCUUUGCCAGAGGAUAUACAGAAAUUUAUUGAUGAAGCUGAACAUGGUGUGAUAUAUUUUUCUAUGGGCUCAAAUCUCCAAAGCAAAAAUUUACCAAUGGAAAAACGCAAGGCAAUACUGGAAACUUUCCGCGGAAUUAAACAACGCGUUUUAUGGAAGUUUGAAGAUUCAAAAUUAGCAGACAAGCCAGAUAAUGUUUUCAUCAAAGACUGGUAUCCACAAGAUGAUAUUUUGGCUCAUAAAAAUGUACGUCUUUUUAUCACACAUGGCGGUUUACUUAGCACUAUGGAAUCCAUUUAUCAUGGUAAGCCAGUAGUUGGGAUACCAGUAUUUGCUGAUCAGUUUUUGAAUAUGGCGAGAGCUGAGCAAAAUGGUUUCGGUGUGAUGUUAGACUAUAAAAAUCUCACAGUUGAUGCAUUUACAAGUGGCAUAAAACGCAUUUUAGAGAAUCCGAGUUAUACGAAAAAAGUUCGUGACAUGUCCGCUAGAUACAAGGAUCAACCAAUUGAACCACUCGAUUUAGCCGUACAUUGGAUGGAGCAUAUCGCACGUCAUGAUGGCAAAUAUUUGCAUUGUGCAGGGUUAGAUCUGAAUUUUAUAGAAUAUCAUAAUAUUGAUGUAAUGAUCAUAUUAUAUGGAGGUAUAUUGUUGUUGCUAGUAUUAGUUGUACUUUUAAUUCGAUUUGUGCUGCGCACAAUGUGUCAACUUGUGUUCAAAAAAGACAAAAAGUUGAAAAGGCAAUAAAUUUAGUUUAUUUGUGUGUUAUGAUAAUUUUUAUA